AUGGCGUGGUCAUCGGAAACGCCGUCGUAUUCCGGCUGGAAAGAGCUGUAUGUGAGGAACGCGAAAGGGAAGAUGGAGGUUCAUUAUUAUCUCGAGAGGAAAGAGAGAGGUGUAGAUCUCGSUGMUSMRSGMAMSWUMAAYAAKWKWAAACGCAUGUCUUAUCGAUACGCCUUGAAAAAGAAUCGUUCCGUAUUGAAGAAGCUUAACUCUCGAGAAGACGUUACGGAUUGGCUCGAUUCUAUCGUUUCUGGUGUGAUGCCUCAUAGAGCAGAUGUACCAGCUACUACUAUGACUGAACCAGCUGCUGGAGGAUUAAAUAUUGUCACUAUGAUGAACGGUCAGUUUCAGAAGCCUAUUCAUCAGACCAUCAAUUUCUCCUGGAUGGGUUCUUCUUGGACUUGCAAGAAAAAGCGCAAGCAUUAUGCAUCUUUUUCCAGGAAUGGGGUCAAAGUCUCGGUGAACGAUUUUGUGUAUGUUUUAGCGGAGCAAAAUAAGAGACUUGUUGCAUACUUGGAAGACCUUUAUGAGGAUUCUAAAGGCAAAAGGAUGGUUGUGGUACGAUGGUUUCAUAAAACUGACGAGGUUGGUAUUGUUUUGACCGACGAUGUUAAUGAUAGAGAGAUUUUCUUUUCUCUUUGUCGUCAAGAUAUCAACAUUGAGUGCAUAGAUGGAUUGGCUACUGUCCUCAGUCCUCAGCAUUAUGAGAAAUUUCUCAAGGUGCCAAUGCAUGUUCAGCUAGUAGCCUUCUUCUGCAAGAAAUUAUAUGGAGAUGAUGUUGUAAAGCCGUAUGACAUUACACAAUUAGAAGGUUACUGGAGACAAGAAAUGCUUAGAUACCUGAACGUAUCCAUUUUAAAGUCGGGUGAAGGUGCUCAAGCACCUGGUACUGACCCAGGAUUAGGAGCUUCUCUGGUUGGUUGUGUUGGUAUUAGAUCGAGGAAACGAUGUCGUCCUAGUGGUGCUGAGAUUUUGGAUGGCCCAUCUGUAGAUGACGUGAAAGCUGACUGCAAAGCCAGGCCAGAUUCUGUUUACUUGGGUUCUCCAGAUGCUUCUAUGUGCAAGGGCGCAAAAGAUUGUUCUUCCAGUCUCAUUAAAAAGGGUUCACUUGUUGAAGUACUUUCCGAAGAUAGUGGCAUCAGAGGUUGUUGGUUCAAGGCGCUGAUAAUGAAGAAGCACAAGGAUAAGGUUAAGGUCCAGUACCAAGACAUUCAGGAUGCAGAUGAUGAAUCUAAAAAGCUAGAGUUUGUUAACAUGAUGCUUUUUUUGGUUGCAGGAGUGGAUUUUGACAUCUCGGGUUGCUGCUGCGGAUCAUCUGGGUCUUAG